GCCCAGGCUCGGCGCACACCGGGAGCAGGGGCUCCCUCGGGCCUGGCUGGGCUCGGGGCCCCCAGGCGAGCUCGCUGAAGCCCCGGCGAGCCGCCUGGGUGUGAAGCCCCAGGUCCCUCCUCCCUGACGGGGCUGGGCGGGCCCUGCUGGCUGCUCCUCCCCGUCCCCGUCCCCGUCCCGGCUGGCCGCUCAGAGGCAGCCCGGCGAGCCGCGGAACCAGCCGAGCCCAUGGCCCAGGAGGACGAGGCGGCGGCGGAGGCGGAGAGCGGCGGGCUCCUGCUGGAGAUCCUGAGCUCGCCGCUCAACCUGAGCCUGCUGGGCCUCUGCCUCUUCCUGCUCUACCAGAUCCUGCGCGGCGAGCGGCCCCCGCGCCAGCCCGACGCCGAGCCGCCGCCGCCGCCCAAGCUCAAGCGCCGCGACUUCACCCUGGCGCAGCUGCGGCCCUACGACGGGGUGCAGGACCCGCGCAUCCUCAUGGCCAUCAACGGCAAAGUCUUCGACGUGAGCCGCGCCAGGAAGUUCUACGGGCCCGAGGGCCCAUAUGGAAUUUUUGCUGGACGGGAUGCAUCCAGAGGUCUUGCCACAUUCUGUCUGGAUAAGGAGGCUCUGAAGGAUGAAUAUGAUGACCUGUCUGAUCUCAACGCUACGCAGCAAGAGACCCUGAGAGACUGGGAAUCACAGUUCACUUUCAAGUAUCACUAUGUUGGCAAACUGCUGAAGGAAGGAGAGGAACCCACCGUAUACUCAGAUGAAGAAGAAAAAGAAGAUGCUAAAGAUCAAAAGAGAGACUAGAGAAUGCAGUGAGGAACAAUAUUUUUGUAUCUUAAGGGACCUUUGUAACAUUCCAGUUCUGUUUUACAAGUUGUAACAUCAACAGUAGUUAGAAAAGGUACAGACUUGCUGUGAAUUGGAUUGCUUUUAAAACCAUUCUUAAUCUAAAUUUACCAGUAACAUAAAUUUAAGAUUAAAUUUCUUCCAUAAAAACUGCAUGACCGAACAUUCUGUAGGACAAAAAGCACCAGAACAGUGCAAAAGUGAACUGCAACUUUGUCCUAAGAAGUUAUUUCUGUUUUUCUUCCAUCAGAGUAGGUUGAAAUCAAAAAAUCUUUUAUUUAAUGGCUAAGGCCCCAAUCCUGCAAACACUUAAGCAUAAGAGUAACUUUACAUAUAUGAGUAGUUAUUCUACACUGAACUCAAUGGAAGAGCUUGCAGGAUCUGGGCUUUAGAUUCUAAUUUCUAUGGGGCAGGGACCAUGUCCAUAAAGCAUCAUACCUAUCUAUGGUGCUAUAUAAAUAAUAAUUUUAAUGGCAGAUAAAACUGACAUUUUAAAAAGAUUUACCACAAGCCUAUAGGGGAAUCACUGAACAUGAAUGCUUUUAUAAAAAAAUCCUCUUUUUUUGUUCAGAGAGGUAGUGUGGCCACAGUGGCUCAGGCUAGCCAUCCGAGUACAACCCCAUCCAAGAUCCUAGGUACGUAUUUGAGUAGCUAGCCUCAAUCACUGUCCGUGCCAUGGCAGUCAAGUUAUUUUAGCAUGCGAGCUUGAUCAAAGCUACCAUGUAUAUGUCUACCUGGCACAGAAAUACACCCAGUGGCAGCGAAGACACACCCCAUGUUUAUUGACAGCCACGUAACUGGAUUAAUGAUUUUUGUUGUGUUUACCUCUAAAGCAUAUCUGAAAUGUUACAAAAGUUUUGGUAUUGAUUAUAAGUUGGACCUCCCACCUAGAGAAGGGCAUGACUCAGCUAUGACUACUGUUCAUUCCCGUUUCCUCUUAGCAAAACUAUUCUAGGGACUGAUCCCAAAAUUUAAUCUAGAUGAAAUUUUUUUUUUUAUUGGCAAACCUCCUAAUGUAGACACAGCGUAUGCCAGCAAAAGAGUGCUAAAGCUGGUACAGUUCAUCCCAGUUCCCAGAACAAAAUAAGUUAUACCAGCAAAAGCACUUUAUUGCCAGUACAACUGCAUCUACACUAAUGCUUUU